UUACAAAGAAAAAAGUUACUAACAAGCUUAUAUGUAUCUUCGGAUAAGUUACCUGUUCCAACCUGUGAACAUGGAACUGACAAGAGUAAGAUAGACUUUCAAGGAGAUUCUUGCAUCUCCCUAAUGUUAAUCAAAAUCGUCUGCUUUCGUUUGUGUAAAUAUCAACAGACUAACGAAAUAGAUGAAGAAACUGAGAUUUACAUUGAUCCAAUACCUGAUGAAUUCUAUUUUUUAUUACUGAAGCGCUGUGCUUAAUAAGCUAUCAGAACACAUGCAAUUUUCAGAUAGUGUUUGUCUUAGGGGGUUUGCGAACCGUACCGCCGAACGAGUAUCGAGAUCGCCGGUCCAAUAGGUGGAUAAAGCUAUAUUUCUACGAACAGUUCGUGACCCGCCUUGCUAACGGGAUCCGCAAUGGCUCGACUGGCGGUGCCUGCCCCGGAUGAUCUCAGUCAUCGCGAAUUCACGCUUGCUCCCAGCGAUGUGACUGUCGAAAACGACCCGUUUGCUCUACGUUUCUCUCCAGACUCUCAAAAAAAAGAGACAGUCGCAAAGGCGAUUAAUAGUUUGUGCGCCAAGUUCAAAGACGAUGAUUGUUCCGACGAUCCAAGCAAAUGGUGCGCUGUCCGACAGAGUUCAGGGCUAUGGUUGCGAGCUGAAGUGUUAGCCUGUUACAGUGAUGAAGACAAUUUUGUGAAUUCGGCAGAAGUGCAGCACAUCGACGAGGGCUUCAAAGAAAUUGUUGAUAUAACUAACAUCUUUCCGCUCGACCAGUCGUUGUUGGCUUAUCCGCCCCAAAGCAUUCGCGUAAUUCCAGAUCAGGUUAUAGUCAAAGAUGUCACAAAAUUAGUUCAGCUUUUCAAUGAGUAUCCGGAUAUGAAGAUUCGAAUUCGGAUAAAGAAUACAAAAGGGAAGUCAGAUCGGCCUUACUUCAUGGCUCUGAAAAGCAGUUUUGAGAUUGGCCACGAAGAAUUCAUCGAUUUCGGUGAACUAUGUGAGAAGCUAAAUAUUGGUUAUCGCAUAAAGGCACAAAAUACCGCAGCCGUGACGGUAAAUAGUGAUGAUAACGACGUAGUUUCCGUAGAAAAACUCCCGGAAGGGCUUGCAAACAGCGAAACGGGAAAUAAAAAUAAUGUGGAGGAUGUAAAGCCGCCAUCUGUUGUAUCAACAGAAAGUGAUACAUCGAUGGUCUUUGAAAAUACUGAUAUGUGUACAAAUGCAGAAACAACUUCCGGAAGAAAAAAGUCCUCCGACGAUUCAGACAGUUCAGCGGUAGUGUCGCCAAAACGAUGCGAAACACCCAAAGAAAAUGCAGGAGGCGCCGAUGAAUGCUUGGAAUUAUCACAGCAAGGCGUAAAUUGGAUGGUGCGAAGAAAUAUGCAACAAGCUAGCCGGAUCAACGAAAGGACUGAGCGGAAAAUCAAAACCUGCAUCAGCUUUUUGCGUUUUGGUAUGUGUGCGGUUGGUAAUAAUUGUCCGAAUUCUCAUGAUCUAACAUCAGAAAACACAGUUGUGAGGGGUCGAAAUCGCUUCAUAUACGAGUGCUUGUCCAUCGAACUACACCAAAGGAGCAUAAUGUUCGUAAUGAUUUCACAUUUAAACGAAGAUUUCUACUUUUACGUGGUUCCUGUAUAUGGUACUCAGGACAUAUGGAGCGUUUUGGAGCAAAAACAUCUCGCUGCAAUCAACGUAGAAGAAAUUCAAACGAGACUUUACGAAUUUUAUGGACCGCAACGAGAAGGUAUGGUGCCGCGUGCUGGGUUGUUAAUCGGCCAAAUGGUGAGUGUGUACGUUAAUGAAAAUCAGGGGCCCUCUGGAUGGCACCGUGGGAAAUUGUUGGAGAUGGAUGCGUCGAAUAACCAAUACAAAAUAUUUCUAAUUGACCAUGGCGGUGAGGUGUGGGUGCCCACUUCUAAUGCGUUCAGCCUUGAGCCAAAGUUUCUGGAAUGGCCGACUCAAGCUAUUCGCGUGAGCCUAGCAGAUGUUAGGCUUAAAAAAGGCGUGCUAGUGAGCGAUAUCAUACCGUGUUUGAUAAAACAUGUCUAUAUCAUGCAAGUGGAUGAACGGUCGACGGUCGACGAAUAUGUUGUAAAUUUAUUCUCUGACGAUGGCGUUACCUCGUUAGCCGAGGCUCUCGAAAGUAAAGGCUUCAUUGAAUUCUUAGACGAACCGUACGAGCUAAUGAUGCAUUAGCUACCACUAGAGGCUCGUCGUAAACGCUUUGGUGCGAGUUUACCACAAAGUUUAAAGUCGAUCAGCGAAUUAGAAGUUCGAAGUUGAUGUGAAUCAAAAUGCCCGACUGCAAUGCUAUAGCAUCGCCACCCUGCACGUCGCCGAGGGACAAACAUCUCUAUCAUCAUCAUCAUCGUCGGCAGCUUGCUCUUCUUUCUUCUAUGAUAACACUAUUAUCAUCCACCACUAACUGUAUUUAUCUGUGUUACUGUAAGCUGCCUGAAGAUAUCGGCUGUCGAAGAUAUCGGAGGCUGCAUUGUGUUGAUUAGAUUACUAAAAAAAUGAAGACUAUAGACGUUGUUCAAACUGUUGCUUUAACGUUACAAUGGCUGGUGUAAAGUUUAUAGGUCUAAAUGUCUAUUGAUUCCUAUCGAAGUAUAAAUUUAGACUCCUAUUAAAAUGACAGCUUUAGUUAACGAACAAACCUACAGCUCAUGGUAAAAAUGGACGUUAUCUACUCGCCAGCUAAAUUACGCUGCUGAGACGCGUAGCUUAACCGAGGACCACUGGCAUUUUCUCAAAAAACAUUCACAACGCAUUUAUAUAAAUUUAUUUUUUUAAAUUUAAUAUCUAUACCGUCAAUGCAUUUAACGUAAACCAUUCUAUUGUCAUUUUUGUCUUGAUUCAUUUUUCACAGAGUCGCGAUAGCUGUGUAAUUACUUUGGCGUUCGCCCUUAGGCGUGACAGCGCGUGAAGAAAGCUAAUCUCUCCUUGAAUAAAGAAAAUGCAAAAAUCGUAUACUUAGUGCCAACGAAUACUUUCUGAGAAAAGGCAUUUGAUCAUUUCAUUUGGACUCUCAGAAAUUGUUAAAAGUUAACCGUUGCCCUACGGGGUGCGCCUCCAACAUAAUCAAGCAUACCCUUGUCGUUGAAGAGACCUAUCCGGCUGCAAACUACUAGCAUCACUCGCGUUUAUCAAGGCUACAAUUUUCAGCGACGAUACUGAAGACGAUAUUACUCAUUUCCUCUUGGAUUCUCUAUCGAAGCAGUACUCAACAAAGGAAUAACUGAAACAGGAUUGUUGGUGUCAACAGAAUGUACAGUAACGACUUAAUAACAAUACAAGUAUGGGACACUUGACGCAUAAAUAAGCAUUUUAGCCUAUAUUUUAAAAUAAGUUAAAAUAAAGCAAUGUCGACAAAAUUGCCAAAACCCAGUAAUGAAAAAAACAGCUCAACGCUAAUUGAAUGAUCUUGGCGAUCCUGCGAUUGUAUUGAAGCCGGAUGAUAAGAAAUUUCAACAAGUGAACUACUAUGUAACAACGAAAAUGAUUGUAAAGGAGCCACAGAGUAUUUGCAACAGGAUGCUGCGGCAGUAACAUAUUUGCCUACUUAAAGAUACGUCAGAUAGUUAGGUUUGAAACAGGACGUAAACAGACAUCCGGUCGUCUUGUGAUAUCUAAGGCAAUACCGUAUGUGGGACUCGAAACUACUUCUCAACAAAUUGACCCUUAGAAUUCGGCUAUGUGCCAACUAGGUUUAAAUGCACCUUAGGCUGGACGAGAAGAAGUGAGCGGAUUCUCUGGGCAAUUCUAUAAGCCAUUGAUUUCAUAGACUGAAAUAAGCAAAUGUGAUAGUCAGCACAAGCAAAUGGUAAAGUGUAGUCCCAGCAGGGUUUGAAACAUUACUUAAAUAAGGCAGUGGAAGUUCAGUGGCGACCGGACCGGUUAACAGUAUAUAAGUGGUGCGUGCAGUGCAUAAACCAUCCGUAUUCAGGAAUAGUCACAUACGCAUGAUCUAAGUCCACUCCGGCUUUAAUCGCGUACAACAGUCACAUGACAGAGUUUGGGAGGUUUACAAAGGAAAUAAUCAUCUGUUAUUGAGAUACUUCUCGUUGAAGGGUAGAUGUUAGGGGAGAACCUGCCAUGAACUAUCAAAGCGAAAUGUAUCGCAUAUAUUCAGCGCUCAGACGAAUAGCGUGGUUCUGCGUGGUACUUAGGUAGCGAUGAAUACUGUGAUGCAUAUACAAGAGCGCGUAUGCUUUUACAAUAAAAACGGUGACGUUGUCAUUGUUACUUGUUUUGUUUAAAGACGUUAUCCAGGAUAUUUUUUUCGGGUUCGUCCUUUCUGAAAUAAACACCACAAGCCUGCUUCACUUAGUAAAUCAGUUAAAUUAUGUAAUAAAGUGUA